CUGCCAUUCAGAAGAUAUAGAAAGAUAGAGCCAUUCCCAUCCAGAAUGUCUGAGUUUGCACCUUCGUUAGUCUGCCUGCUGCUGCUGCUGCUGCAGCUGGUCCUGGCCAAGGAGUACAGCUGGUGCGAUCCGACGCUCUGCGAGAAGGGCGUGCGGCAUGUGGCCUGCCGGAAUACAGGGCACUUUGCCAGACGCUGCCAGCCGGACUCCUUCCAGGUGGACAUCAGUCGCCACAAGUCGGACUUCCUGCACGCGCACAACAAGCGGAGGAACUUCCUGGCGCUGGGACGAGUGCCCGGCUACUAUCCAGCGGCACGCAUGGCCACCAUGGUGUGGGACGACGAGCUGCAGUAUCUGUCGCAUCUGAACACCCGAACCUGCAUACUGGACCACGAUGACUGCCACAGCACGUACCGCUACGCCAAUUCCGGGCAGAAUCUGUGCGCAGUGUGGCGCAACCGGAAUCCACACGUGAACGUGACCAGCCUGGUGGAGGAGUGCGUCGGGCUGUGGUUCAACGAAUGGGAUCUGAUAGACAACAGCUUCAUCGAUGCCUUCAAAGUGACGCCCAUAUUCGAGGACUAUGGCCACUUUGUGGAGAUGAGUGUGGACAAGAACUUCUCGCUGGGCUGCUCCAUCAUGCGCUUCACGCGGCCGGACUACCCCUCCGUGUACAUCUACAAUGUUGUCUGCAACUACGCCUCGCUGUACGCCCUGGGGGCGAUCGUCUACGAGACUGGCUACCCGGCCUCGCGCUGCACCACGGGCAAGAGUCACUUCUAUCCGGGCCUGUGCUCCACGCGCGAGGAGUACGAUCCCAACUGGUGAUCCGUCCUGUGAUCCUCAGUUCCCCCCCUAGUGUUACCCCCAGGUCCCACUGCCAAGUAUUCAGAAAUCCGUAGCUUUACAACACACACACACAAAAAUAAAUAAAUA